CAUGCUUGUUCAUAAGUUAGUCUUAAAAAUAAAAUUCUUCAGGCGACGUGGUCUUAUUGCAAUUAAAAUAAAAGUUUUUCUCUUCGCUUUCGAGAUAUGCAAAAUUUGGCAUCUUAAUUUAUCUUUUGCAACAAAAUAGCUGUGGUCUGAAACUCAUACUUACGAAUAAUUUUACAAUUUUUGAAAUUAAACUAAUUGACACUACGAUAAAAUAGCAUACAAUUCAUUUUAUCAUACAAUUCAUCAUAUUCUACAAAAAAUCUAGUGAUUUGUUAAAGUCAGUGCACAAUAAAAGCUAUCAUGGAGCCAAUAGUUCCCGAUUCACAAAAUCAUGCGACUAGCGAAGUUGAAGAAGCUUCGUUACCACGUGAAGAACCUCAUCUAGAACCAAUAAAUGGCGAGGUUCAACCACCUGUAUUACCAAGACCAAGUAACCCUGGACGAGUGACUAAUCAGCUUCAGUUUUUGAAAAAACAAGUGCUAGAGCCACUGUGGAAUCAUUCGUAUGCUAAACCAUUCAAGAAACCUGUCAAUACAAAUGAGCUCCGAUUGCCGGAUUAUUACAAAGUGAUCACUAACCCAAUGGAUCUGGGCACGAUUAAGAAACGUCUUGCAAAUAAAUACUAUCGGUCAGCAGAUGAAUGCAUUGAAGAUUUUAAUCUCAUGUUUAAAAACUGUUAUUUUUAUAAUAAUCCGGAUCAGGAUAUUGUGCUGAUGGCUCAGACGCUUGAAAAAAGUUUCCAACAGAAGAUAACACGGAUGCCGAAAAAGGAAAUUGAAGUGAACCGUCACAGCGGAAAUUUGGGAAUUGAUCAGGAUAGAUUCUCAGUUUCAGAGUCUCCAAGAAGAUCAACAGACGUCGAAACGUGUGUGAAGAAAGAGGCUGAUUCCAGUAAUGCCGUCAACGUCAAAACCCUAGCAGAAGAGUCCGGUAUUCAGACAGAGCACUCACAAACCAGCAAACCAAAGGUAGAGCUCUCAGCAGGUCUCAUGCGUUGCAGGAAAAUUCUUAAAAAACUAUAUCGCAAACGAUAUUCAGAGUACGCAUGGCCCUUUUAUAAGCCUCUAAAUCCUGAGCAUUGGGGCUUCAAUGAUUAUUCAAAUAAAAUCAAGAAGCCGAUGGAUCUGUUUACUAUAAAACAGAAACUAGAUAGUGGUACCUACGCAAAUACUCGGGAAUUCGCUGAAGACGUACGACUCAUCUUUACCAACUGCUAUAGGUACAACUGCCGUAAACAUGGACUCGUUUCGAUGGCUCAACGGUUACAGCAUGUUUUUGAAAUAAUGUAUGCCAAAGUUCAUACUAGCAAAUUGAACAACGCAGAGGCAAAUAACAGUAUCAGUGAUAGCAGUAGGAGUAGUUCAAGUGACGAAUCUUUGCUAGAAAAUCAAAAGACUAUUUUGUAAUUUUU